GCUGAUAACCUGACUUCGCCUGCAGUCGGACUGGAUGGGUUGGCGACAGUUGUUCAACCGGCUGGCAGACGCAACCGAGACACUGGAGAAUUGUCUGCCGUUGCUAACAGUUAGACCGCUUCGCGCAUUAGCUUUGUUUGUACGCAGCGAGUAUUGUGGCCGGGGAGGUUUCCACGAAAUCCAGUUGAUGCGGGUAUUAGCCGUCGGGCGUUAGACAGCCUCCACCUGUUAUUUGCUACACCGAGGGGCUAAGAUAGCUAACGCCAACGUUACGGCGGACUAGCCCUCAUUAGCCAUUUGUAACAGUGCCCGCCCCUGCUGCGUAUCAGAGCGAGGUUGUCAACAUGCUGCAGUGAGUGAUGCACCGAGUGUUGGUAUUGAUAAUGGCCAUCUGGGGAGUGGAAGGAUGCUCCAAUUCAGAGAACUGCCCAACGCCCCCCCCCAAUAUCACCAGGGACUACUGUUACUCAGCCCGAAUUCGCAGCACAGUACUCCAGGGCCUGCCGUUCGGAGGGGUACCAACUGUCCUUGCCCUCGAUUUUAUGUGCUUCUUGGGGCUGCUGGUUGUGUUCUCCUUCUUGAGAAAAGUAGCCUGGGAUUAUGGGCGCCUCGCUUUGGUGACCGAUGCUGACAGACGAAUGGAUCAGCGGUACAGUCGCCUGGAUGAGCGGGAAUAUAUGGCGUCUGCAAUGACCUCAGAUACACCUGAGCGCUAUGAACGUCUCACAUCAGUUUCCAGCUCUGUGGAUAUUGAUCAGAGAGACACAGGUUUCUGUUCCUGGCUAACUGCUAUCUUCCGCAUCAAGGAUGAAGAGAUAAGGGAGAAGUGUGGUGAGGACGCAGUGUAUUACUUGUCCUUUCAGCGCCAUAUCAUUGGCCUGCUGGUAGUGGUGGGCGUUCUCUCUGUGGGCAUCAUCUUGCCUGUUAACUUCUCCGGAAACUUACUUGAAAACAACGCCUAUAGUUUCGGGCGAACCACUAUAGCAAAUUUGGAUGCCGAUAAUGCACUACUGUGGCUGCACACCAUUUUUGCAUUUCUCUACCUGUUACUGACGGUUUAUAGCAUGAGACGGCACACCUCUAAGAUGCACUACAAGGAGGAUGACCUGGUAAAACGCACUUUAUUCGUCAAUGGACUCUCCAAAUAUGCAGAGGAGAGUGAGAUAAAGCAACACUUUGAGCUUGCAUAUGAAAACUGUUCUGUACUGGAAGCUCGAAUCUGUUACGAUGUGGCCAGACUGAUGAAUCUAAACUCUGAAAGGAAGAAGACAGAACGCAGCAAGAAAUUCUUCCUUGACCUGCAGGCCAAGGAGCAUAUUACCACCAUGAUCAACCCAAAGCCCUGUGGACACCUUUGCUGUUGCAUCAUCAAAGGCUGUGAGCAGGAAGAGGCAGUGAGUUACUACACCAAGCUGGAGUCACAACUAAAAGACGAUUACAGGAAGGAGAGGGAAAAGGUCAACAGGAAACCUCUCGGGAUGGCCUUUGUUACCUUUCAGAAUGAGUCCAUAACUGCAAUAAUUUCGAAGGACUUUAAUGCUUGUAAGUGUCAGGGAUGUCACUGUCGUCGGGAGCCCAAGAGCUCUCAAUUCAGUGCCAAGCUGCACACACAAAACUGGACUGUUAGCUACGCCCCCGAUCCACAAAAUGUCUACUGGGAGCAUCUGUCAGUGGGUGGAUUCUCCUGGUGGAUCCGCUGCUUGAUCAUCAACUGCGUCCUUUUCCUCCUCCUUUUCUUCCUCACCACCCCGGCCAUCAUCAUCUCCACGAUGGACAAGUUCAAUGUUACCAAACCAGUGGAGUACCUAAAUAAUCCAAUCGUCACCCAGUUCUUCCCCACGCUCCUCCUGUGGUCCUUCUCUGCCUUACUUCCUACCAUCGUCUACUACUCUGCCUUCUUUGAAGCACAUUGGACCCGCUCAGGAGAGAACAGGACAACGAUGCAUAAAUGCUACACUUUCUUGAUCUUCAUGGUCCUGUUGCUGCCCUCCCUAGGACUCAGCAGUUUGGAUGUUUUCUUCCGCUGGCUUUUUGACAAAAGAUUCUUGGCAGAUGCUAAAGUGAGGUUUGAGUGUGUGUUCCUUCCUGACAAUGGAGCCUUCUUCGUGAAUUAUGUCAUUGCGUCUGCCUUCAUUGGAAAUGCCAUGGACCUGCUGAGGAUCCCCGGUCUGCUCAUGUACAUGAUCCGCCUCUGCCUGGCUCGCUCUGUGGCUGAGCGGAGGAACGUCAAAAGGCAUCAAGCCUAUGAGUUCCAGUUUGGGGCAGCUUAUGCCUGGAUGAUGUGUGUCUUCACUGUGGUUAUGACCUACAGCAUCACCUGCCCAAUCAUCGUACCCUUUGGGCUGAUGUACAUGUUGCUGAAACACUUAGCAGACAGGUACAACAUGUACUAUGCCUAUCUGCCAUCCAAACUGGACAAGAAGAUCCAUUCUGGAGCCGUCAACCAAGUGGUGGCUGCUCCUAUUCUCUGUCUCUUUUGGCUUCUGUUCUUCUCCACUGUUCGCUCGGGGUUCUCAGCUGCAACGUCCAUGUUCACGUUCAUAGUUUUGAUCAUCACAAUCAUUAUCUGCCUCUCUCACGUCUGCUUUGGACAUUUUAAGUAUCUCAGUGCUCACAACUACAAGAUUGACACACAGGAUGUUGACGGAUUGGAGAAUGGGCAUCCAGUGUGCACUGCUGCCGCCAACAAGGCAGGGCAAAUGUACAUUGCUCUGGUACUUCAAGACCCAAAUUCAGAGGAGGCCGGUUCAGGCAGUGGCGAAGAUGAUGGCCAGGGAUCCUCGCAGGACGAGGAAAUAAUCAAUGUAGAAAAUGGCCUGAAUGAGAACUUCCAGUCUGGUGAGGACAGCCUCAUCGAUAAUGAAGUGCGGCACUGAUACUGCCUGGAACAUGAGGAAAAAUAUUGCCUGAGUUAACUUGAGGAGCGCACUGAUCAUGACUAGGAACUGAACUCACAGUUCUCCAAAGCAUCUCAACCUCCAUCGAGGGACUUUACACUAACAUAAGCACACUGUCUACUAAGUAUUGAAUGGAUUGUUGCUCGAGGAGACUUGCAUUUCCUUCACUGGGUCUCAUCUUCUGUGGGAAUGUACUGUGACAGUGCAAGGAGCAGAAACCUCUUUCUGCCCCGAUGUAGCUGAUGGAAACCCUAAAACACUGCACAUGGACCCGUUAAAGAAAGACAUUAAUGCACAAAUGAAGAAUUGUUUGCCUUGUCUUGUAAAAGGGGUGUGUUAUUCUGUCUAUAUUUCCUUAACAUUAUUGCACUUCAAAUAGAGGGCCUGUCCUAUAAGAGCGAGAUUUACUAAGGUACUGUAGUACAGCAUGCCUUCAAGCUCAAAGGCUGGAGGGCUUUUCCCAUAAUCCCUUGCCAGUAUCUCUAAUUGACGGCACAAGAUGCUUCCCCUGAAUAAGCAGCUCUUGAGAGCGUAGAGCAAGAGAAGUUUUCCGCACCAACAGAUAGCUUGGUUUGUGCAGAUGUGAUAGUCUCAAAACAGUUCUUCCAAUUCUAUGUCCAAAAAAACCCCCCAUCGCUACUAACACUCCUACUACUAACUACCUUUUUUGACAUGGUAUUUAUUUUUAGGAAUGGGGUUUUGCGUGACACAUAAACUAAACUGUGGAAGGAGAUGAUUCACAUUAUUGCACACUGCAUCGAUCAUGAUCUUUUUGCCGUUCCCAUCCCUGAGCCUUUGUUGGUACUGCUGUUGGACUGCUGCUACUGACGCUGCCCCCUGUAUGGGACAGACCUUACAUGGCUGCUGCAGGAGAAGGGCAACAUCCUGCUGAUCCCUUUGUGUUGCUCAGAGGAUGGAGAGAAAGGCCUUUCUGUGUUUUUUCUCAGUCAGUUCCAGACGAUACACAGUGUGACCAUUUCUCUUUUAUCUGUUUUUUUUUCAUUGUUAGCAUUUUCUUUCCAUAUGUUUACGUUUGUAUGUAGAGAUUUUCAAAUUAGCAUUCAAUUUAGGUUUAGUACUGGUAGUUUUUACAAAUCAGGUAAUUCAUAGCUCAACCCUCAACCCUCUUAUCAGGUCCUCUUCAGUGUUUUAUGUUGACACUUAAUCAUGUAGGAAGCAUAUUGUAAGUCGUUGUCGUCACAAAGCAUUGUUACAGUUUCCACUACGCAAUGUUGUUAGAUGUUGACUCAAAUUGUGCACAUUUGGUGAUCACAUCAAAUCAUGGGCUAGGCCACAGGAGUGUUUAGCAGUUAUACAGUGGAUGUCCAGUUCUUUUUAACUUCAAACUUUAGUGCUAUUGAAUACUGCCCCCCCCCCCCCCCCCCCCAACCACCCAUUGAUAACAAAUUGGAAAAAUACUUUCAUCAUGUUGCUUCACCAGUUGUUAUAGGGAAAUGAACACAUACAUGUACAUUCCAUUUGCACAUCCAGUUCCCAGCUUUGUAAGGCCUCUGGCAGAGCAGAGUAGUGAUGUACCACAACUCCGCACUUGAUCACGAAACACGCAGAUUAAAUGAACGAUUCCCUGCUCUGCCUCGGCCAUACGAGGCAGCUUUUUUCAGGUUUCAUGUUCACUCAGACAAAAAAAAAUACAAACUUUGAAAACACCAGGUAAUAAAUUGUCAUGUGAAAUGAAAUGCAGUGCCCGUGCAGUUACGGCCUUACUCAGGAUUUACGAAGCCACCUUCUUUCAGUACACUGUGAGCUGCCCCAUGAAAUAUUAAGAAGAUUGUUAGUAAGGCGAAGUGCAGGAGAGGAAGUACCACUACCGUCUGUCACUGUGGACCAGUUAUUAUUAUUGGACCAUAAAGUAAUGGAUGUGUUAUACAGCUGCUCAGAGAACCAUUGUGGGGAAAUGUGCACUAAUCUUACUUUCACUUAUAUGAUUGGCAGAGAAGGGCACGUCCCAUGUGGGUGUGACGAUGAUGACCAUGGUGAACCUAAACCCAUUCCAUAAUUUGUCAAUGGGGUUAUAUUGUUUAGUAUAUAAUAACAAGAGAAUUGUUUGACCCCACUGGAGUCUGGUGCUCUUCUAGUCAUGAUAAGGUGAACUUAUAAUUUUUUAUACCUCUUCAUUUUUAUACCUCUGGGAUGUGUUGAAAUCUCUGAAUGUGUCCCGUCAGAAUAACAUUUACUGUCCAGCUCCGAGGGAGAUGCUUAAACAAAUAUUGUCUAACAAAAGUUCUCAUGCGCUGAAUGUACUUUAAAUCCACAACUUUUUUUUUUAUUAUUUUUUUUUUUAGGUGGCUUAAGUAAGAGUGUGAUCACUGUGUUUAUACAGCCUCAAAAAGAUGGUUCACUCGCUGACCAGAAUUGAAAGUUUUAUACUCAAACAAAACUUCCUGGUGUCCAGUCCAUUAUUAUGUAAUUUCUUUUGAGUAGACAUCUACAUUUGUCGGGGAUUUCCGGUCAUAUAUUUGCUAAUACCAAGUCUAGGCUCAUGAUGAAUUAUAUUGUUUUCAUAAGACCUGCAUAGACAGUGAGACUCACUGGAAAUAGAUGCAUGUUGUAUUUUUUUGUUCUUGUUAUUUUUUUGUUAACAACAGUCAAACAAAUUUCCUCAGCUUGACUAUGUAUUCAGAAUAGCCAGUAAAAUGUCUCCGCUUCUCCAAACUGCACAAGUAGAAUGUGUUUGUCGUGUGCGCUUUUGUUUCUUUUAAGAUUUACUCUCUAAAUGGGAAGUAACAAAAGCAGAUCUCAACAUUUGACCGUCUCAUUCUUUCCUAAGGGCCGUUAAGUACAACAAAUUUGUUAACUGUAUAUAUUUACUUUCCCACCCAGCUCUUUGAACAAUAAAUCUGUAUUUAAUCACGUUUGUUGGCAACAAAACCUUUUUGAAAACAACUACAUGAUGAAAAGUCAAUAAAACAUACUCCCUGGUCAA